GGGUGAGCCCGGCGGGUGGCGGAAGGCGGCCGGCUUCGGCAGAGGCGGCGGCGGCGGCUGAGGCUCGGCGACGCGGCACGCGGGGGCGGCGCGACAGGACGGGCGAGGGCUGCGCGGCUGUCCGCAGCCACCGCCUCUCCGCAGCCGGGCCGCAGGGCGCCGCAGCGGGUGCGCGGCCUGUGCGGCGGCCGCAGCGGCGUCCUGUCAGGCGGCGAGGGCGCCGCGGACGGCGCCGGGAUGAUGCCGAUGAUAUUAACCGUGUUCUUGAGCAACAAUGAACAGAUUUUAACAGAAGUUCCUAUAACACCAGAAACCACCUGUCGAGAUGUCGUAGAAUUCUGCAAGGAACCUGGAGAGGGCGGGUGCCACCUGGCUGAAGUGUGGAGGGGAAGCGAACGCCCCAUUCCUUAUGACCACAUGAUGUAUGAGCACCUGCAGAAGUGGGGACCUCGCAGGGAAGAAGUGAAAUUUUUUCUUCGACAUGAGGACUCUCCAGCUGAAAGCAGUGAACAAGGUGGCCGUCAGACCCAAGAGCAGAGAACUCAGAGAAAUGUAACAAAUGUACCUGGAGAAAAGCGCACUGAAAAUGGGGUUGGGAAUGCACGUGUUGAACUUACUCUCUCAGAACUUCAGGAUAUGGCGGCCAGGCAGCAGCAGCAAAUUGAAAAUCAACAGCAAAUGCUGGUUGCCAAGGAACAGCGUUUACAUUUUCUGAAGCAACAGGAGCGUCGCCAGCAGCAAUCCAUUUCUGAAAAUGAAAAGCUUCAGAAAUUGAAAGAGCGAGUUGAAGCCCAGGAAAACAAGCUGAAGAAGAUUCGUGCCAUGAGAGGACAAGUUGACUACAGCAAAAUUAUGAACGGCAAUCUGUCUGCUGAGAUAGAAAGGUUCAGUGCCAUGUUCCAAGAAAAGAAGCAGGAAGUUCAGACUGCAAUCUUACGAGUUGAUCAGCUUAGUCAGCAACUAGAAGAUUUAAAAAAAGGAAAACUGAAUGGGUUCCAGUCAUACAAUGGCAAGCUGACAGGACCAGCAGCUGUGGAGUUAAAACGAUUAUACCAAGAGCUACAGAUUCGGAACCAACUUAACCAGGAACAGAAUUCCAAGCUCCAGCAGCAGAAGGAGCUCUUGAACAAGCGCAACAUGGAAGUGGCCAUGAUGGACAAGCGGAUCAGCGAGCUUCGUGAACGCCUUUAUGGAAAGAAAAUCCAGCUGAACCGUGUGAAUGGCACAUCGUCACCACAGUCACCCCUGAGCACAUCUGGCCGGGUUGCUGCAGUGGGUCCUUAUAUCCAGGUUCCCAGUACGGGGGGCUUUCCUCUCCCAGGGGACCCUGUAAAGCCCCAGUCUCUCACCAUUGCCCCAAGUGCUGCCCAUGGAAGAUCCAAAUCUGAUGGCUACAGUAGAUGCAGAGUGAUCAGCACAUGGACAGUGUCAGACCUGGACGCCAGGCCUGAUUGCGGCUCCUCACACCACUUUGCAAGCCCUCUUGUAAACUCUAAUGAUGGGAACUGGCCAACAUUAAAGCAGAAUUCUGCUUCGGUGAAGUCAACUCAGAUGGCUGGUGGAGACUGGAAGGACUCAGGCAUGGAAGGGACCCUAAAACAGGGUGCCAUCUCGAGCCAGCCAUUGCCCUUGUCAGCACUGGGAGCAACGGAGAAGCUGGGCAUCGAGAUUGGCAAAGGGCCACCUCCCGUCCCUGGUGUAGGCAAGCCACUGCCCCCAAGUUAUGGGACCUAUCCAAGUUCUAUGCCCCUGGGCCCAGGAUCAACAAGCUCCCUGGAGAGGAGGAAAGAAGGCAGCUUGCCCAGACCUGGUGCAGGCCCACCAAGUCGACAGAAACCUGCCCCGCUGCCCCCAGCAGGCAACGCUCCCCAGCCUGGCUCCUCACAGCAGAUUCAGCAGAGGAUAUCAGUGCCACCAAGUCCCACUUACCCGCCAGCCGGGCCACCCGCCUUUCCAACUGGAGAUGGAAAACCUGAACUUCCACUCACAGUGGCCAUUAGGCCUUUUCUGGCUGAAAAGGGGUCAAGGCCACAGUCUCCCAGGAAGGGACCUCAGACUGUGAAUUCAAGUUCCAUAUACUCCAUGUACCUCCAGCAAGCCACACCACCUAAGAAUUACCAGCCACCUGGGCAUGGCACCUUAAAUAAGUCAGUUAAAGCAGUAUAUGGUAAGCCUGUCCUACCAUCAGGGUCAGCAUCUCCAUCGCCCUUACCAUUUCUUCAUGGGUCACUGGGCACAGGCACGACACAGCCUCAGCCACCUUCAGAAUGUGCUGAGAAAGAGCCAGAACAGGAAGGGUCCAGCGUGCCUGGAGAAGGCAGCACAGUGGAAAGCCUGCCUCGGCCACUUAGUCCCACCAAGCUCACCCCCAUCGUGCAUUCACCACUUCGCUAUCAGAGUGACGCGGACCUGGAGGCUCUCCGCAGGAAGCUAGCCAACGCACCCCGACCCCUGAAGAAGCGCAGCUCUAUCACAGAGCCAGAGGGCCCUGGAGGGCCCAACAUCCAGAAGCUGCUGUAUCAGCGCUUCAACACCCUGGCUGGUGGCAUGGAGGGUACUCCUUUCUAUCAGCCCAGCCCUUCACAGGACUUUGUAGGCACCUUAGCCGAUGUGGACAAUGGAAAUACCAAUGCCAAUGGCAACUUGGAUGAGCCUUUCCCUCCCCGGCCCACAGCCCCACUUCCUGAUGAGCUUGCUCCAUCCUCAGAUGCCAACGAUAACGAGUUACCUUCCCCUGAGCCAGAAGAGCUCAUUUGUCCCCAAACAACUCAUCAAACUGCUGAGCCCGCUGAGGACAAUAACAACAAUGUGGCCACAGUGCCCUCCACGGAACCGAGCUCAAGUCCUGUGGCUGAGGCUCCUUCAGAGGAGGAACAGGUUCCUGCAGCACCUCCUUCCCCUGUGGUCCAUCCUCCAACAGCAUCUGCGAGCAAACGGACCAACCUGAAGAAGCCUAACUCUGAACGGACAGGGCAUGGGCUGAGAGUGCGCUUCAACCCCCUGGCUCUGCUUCUCGAUGCUUCUCUGGAAGGAGAGUUUGAUCUAGUGCAGAGGAUCAUCUACGAGGUGGAAGACCCUAGCAAGCCCAACGAUGAAGGGAUCACCCCCCUACACAACGCUGUCUGUGCUGGCCACCAUCACAUCGUGAAGUUUCUGCUGGACUUUGGUGUCAAUGUAAACGCUGCUGACAGUGAUGGAUGGACGCCAUUGCAUUGCGCGGCCUCUUGUAACAGUGUCCACCUCUGCAAGCAGCUGGUGGAAAGUGGAGCUGCCAUCUUCGCCUCCACCAUCAGUGACAUUGAGACUGCUGCAGACAAGUGUGAGGAGAUGGAAGAGGGGUACAUCCAGUGUUCUCAGUUUCUGUAUGGGGUACAAGAGAAGCUGGGAGUGAUGAACAAAGGCACUGUGUACGCUCUGUGGGACUAUGAGGCCCAGAACAGCGAUGAGCUGUCCUUCCAUGAAGGGGAUGCCAUCACCAUCCUGAGGCGCAAAGAUGAAAGCGAGACUGAGUGGUGGUGGGCUCGUCUUGGGGACCGGGAGGGCUACGUGCCCAAAAACUUGCUGGGGUUGUAUCCUAGGAUCAAGCCUCGGCAGCGAACACUUGCCUGAACUCCCCCUGGAGUACCACAGUCUCAUUUGUUCCCAGGAGCUACUGGAGAGGACUCCAGCUGCCCUGGAAGAACUGAAGCUAGGAUGGUCUCAUGGUGCUCACUUUAGCAGACAGUAUCCACAAUGUGAACCCCAACUUCCCAGGUGAGGCCCUUCUCCAGUCCACAGUAACUGGGAGAGGUAGUACUUUGCCUUCAGAGGACUGCAUUUUUGCCAAUUACUGUAAAUCCAAAUAAAUACCCAGUUUCCAAAACACCCACCCCUUGUUGCCAGUAAGAAGUCCUGUAACUAUGAACCCUGGCAGUUGCCAAUGAAGAUAAAGCUCUGACUGACUCAGCCUGAAGGCCCCUUAUGUUAGAUAUCUCACCAAAAGCAAGCUGCUACCAGGUGGCUUUGGCUACCCUUCUUGGAAAGUCUGAAGCCGUCAUCCUCUUGCACAUCCCUCAUAAAAAUUUCUUUCCUUUCAUUACCAAAGGAGCCCAUUUGGAAACUGUUCUGUUUGGUUACCUGAUGACCCUUGGCUGUGGCUAUACUUGCAUGCCUCAGCACACAGGGUUCUGAUUCCUACAGCUUCUAGCUGCACAAUGCCAAUUUUUAUGCCCCCUUUUGGCACGAGUUCAUUGAGUGCAGUUAGACACAGGAGUCUACCAUUAGUUUGGGGUAUGCUGGGCAAAGCCACUUGGCAGACUGGGAUGCCCAUGAUGUGGCCACGUUCCCAGCAAGCUUAGCUCUCUGCCCUGCAGCCUGAACUCUGUAGGCAGGCUUUUUAUACACCAAGAUUAUUUUUCAACUAGGCCAUUGGAAACUACCAGAAUUGUGCCGGAACAAUGUUUCUUCCUCAUCAAAACACAAGCCUCUAGGCUUUAUUUUUCAUGUCAGUCUGUGCAUAAUCGCGUGUAAAUCUGUGUGUAGGCUCUGGGAGCAGUGCUGUAGUCAGCUGCCAAGCAUUGACUGUACAGGUGGCUGAGAAGUGAUGCCCCGUGCCAUCCCAACAACCACCGAUGCUGUGUGAUGUGCACAAUAAACUGCUGUCUCACACUUG